CACGGUCACACUGUUUGGCGCUCUUUCUUGUUGUCGCAGCAAUUUCGCAAUUUUCAUUUGUAAACUAAAUUAAAAACUAAACCAAAAUGAUGGAACCCUUUGAUCCACGCUCAAUCAUCAACGGCAGCAUGCUGAAACAGUUUGCCGGCCAGACCGUCAGUAUUAUGGUGCGCGUGGAGAGUGUCGCCGGCUCCACGCUGCUGGCCAGUUCCACAGACAAUCAUAAGCUGCGCAUCAAUCUGUCCACCGAUCUGGAUGCGGCCCAGGGUGCUUGGGUCGAGGUGAUUGGUGUGCCUCACGGUGCCGAUACCAUACGGGGCAAGGAGGUCAUUGAAUUUGGCGGCGAGAACAUUGAUUUUGAUGCGGAUGGCUACAACGGCGCUGCACAUUUGCUGAACAAUGUUAAAUCGUUCUACCGCAGCGGCUAAUCCAGCAGUUUGAGCCCAUAAUUAAUGUAUUUUUCGUUGAAUUAAAGUAUAACAUUUAA